AUGCUUCGCUCCCCAAAUAGUGUUCGAGGUCAACAUCAACCAACAUCAAGUAUUUACAACUACAAAACACUCAAUGAAAUGGAAAUGAGGAAGAUAAGUCCGAGAACUUCACUUCAACCAUCAAUAAUAGAUAGUCAGGAAUCGAUUAAAUAUAAUGAAAUAUUGGAAACAUCACCUACAGAUCAAUCUUCACAUCUUCCUUUAUCUCGAAUGUUGAGUAAUAUUUCUUUAUACGGAAUGAUCAUAGAAGGAAAAUGGAAAUUUCGGACAUAUGACGAUGAUCAUUUGCGAUUCAAAUCUAUGGGUAUUGAAAAUUUAGUUUAUAUUUGUCAUGAUAUUAUGGAUAAAACACUUGAAAUAAUGAAAUUAAAACAACGAAACCAACGAACAUCUUUAUCAAGUUGUGAAUCGUGGCCAAUAGUAAAUCUUGAUACUUUCAAGAUAUUGACAGAUGUUGAUCGUGCUUCUCUUAAUCGUACUCAUAUACUUGCUCUAAUGACAAUUAUAUUUGAAGCAACAUCAACAAGGGCAUUAAUGUCUGAAUCUGUUUGUAUUUGGGGUGAAGCUACUGAACAUGUCAAUUAUCAACAUAGUUUUUCUAAAUCUCAUAAUAAUCCUAAAAUAUCUUAUGAAACUGCUUUUCGACACUUAAUUCAUACACCUGACAAUCAACUUCUUCAAAUAGCUCUUCAUGUAUCUCUUAUAACCGGUCAUAGUCGAAUGGACUUACAGCAAUUAGGUGGCAAAUUAGGUGUCCAUCGGUCUCAUUUUGAUAUGGGUUCAAUCAAAGACUCAACAAAAGCUUUUCAAGAUUUGAUAAAAUUAUUACGAGAACAAAAACUAAAACGAGAACGUGAACAACAAUGUGUUAAUAUUAAUAAAUUACCAUAUAAACCAAAAAAGAAACGAGGUCUUAAUGCAAAUGUUUCAGGCACAAAGUUUGCUGUUGUUCGUCAAGCUGCUGAUGUAUUCGGUUUUUCUAUUAGUUCUGAUAAUGAUGUUACUUGUAAUUUAUUGUGGCAUGAUACAUUGAUAUCGAUGGAUAUUGUAUCAGCACUGAAACCUUACCAAAAAGUAAAUCACUUUCCAACAAUGAGUGAAAUUUCACGUAAAGACUUAUUAGCUAGAAAUUUUGAUAAAUUGUCACGUAUUCUACCGGAUGAAUAUAAUUUUACGCCUAGAACAUGGAUAUUACCAAAUGAAUACAAUACAUGGUAUUCAUAUGCUUCAAGUAAAUCGAAAAAAGAUCAAUGUACUUAUAUUCUUAAACCGAAUAAUGGUGCGAUGGGACAUGGAAUUCAAGUUUUUUGUGAUUAUGAACGAAUUCAACCAAUGGAUAAUUAUGUUAUCCAAGAAUAUAUUCGAGAACCUUACCUUAUCGAUGGCUUUAAAUUCGAUCUUCGAAUUUAUGCAUUACUAACAUCGUGCGAUCCACUUCGUGUAUUUAUUUUUAAUAAUGGUCUUGUUCGUAUGAGUACAGAAAAAUAUGAAACACCUAAUCGCAAAAAUGCUUCUCAUCUUUUUAUGCAUUUAACAAAUUAUUCAGUGAAUAAAUAUAAUGUUGACUAUGAAAUUAGUAUAUCAAAUACUGAUGCAGAGAACACAGGAAGUAAGCGGUCACUUAAGUUCUUAUUUGAGUAUUUACGAAUACACAAUCAAGAUGCAACUACACUUUGGAAAGACAUACAAAACAUUAUAAUAAAAACAGUAUUUCUUGCUCAACCACAUUUAUUUGCUGCUUAUCGAAUGUGUCGUCCCGGUGCUUCACCGUCAAGUGAAAGUGUUUGUUUUGAAUUGCUUGGUUUCGAUAUAUUAGUUGAUCGAAAUUUAAAACCAUGGGUACUUGAAGUAAAUCGUUGUCCAAGUUUUGGCACUAAUGAACAAAUUGAUUUUGAUAUAAAAAUGAAAUUAUUACUUGAUACACUUGAAUUACUUCGUUUUCGAACAUCAGACAGAAAAAAAAGUCUUGCUAUUGAAAAAGCUGAAGCACAACGCCGUUUAUAUUCAAAUAUGGGUAAAACUAGUCGUUUAUUAGAUGAUACAUCACUUAUUCUUUCAAAUGGAACUUAUCGAGAUUUUCGAACGCGACAAAAACGACUUACUGAUGUGAAAGAAAAAUUAUAUCUUCUUCAACGUGAAACAGCUCGUGAAACAUUUGAAAAUCGUCAUUUAGGAAGUUUUAUACGUUUAUUUCCUGUUGAAGAUAGUAUUCGAAUGAAUGAAUUAAUGACCAUAUUAACAAAAUGUUUUGAUGUAUUAUAUGCAAAUAAAAAAGAUUUAUCAUGGAGUACAAAAUAUUAUAAUCGAUAUAAAGAAGAAGAAUUACUAGAACAAUUAGCUGAACUUGAAGAUCUUGAUCAAACUGAUCAAAAACGAAAUCCUCGUUUAGCUUUUAGUGCUCCAAGUAGCAAAAGUUCUUUUUCAUCAUGGUCAAGUGUAAGCAUUGCCGAAGUGUCAAAUAAUAGUCUUCCAAUAGAACGUGCUUCUCCAUCAGCUAGUUUUGCAUCUGAAUUAAGUGAUGAUGAUGAUCAGCAUCAAUCGAACUCACCUUUACCAUCUGAUUUAGUUAAUAAAACAACAUCAUCAACAAAUACACUAACAACAACUAGUUCUUUAUUGAAAAGAUAUACAACACAAUCACGAACAACUGUACUUCAUCCAACACCAUUAUCACCGUUAAUUAUUCGAAAAAAACGACAAACAUCAGUUGCUGCUUCAAAUAGUCCUCAAAGACUAGGCUUAAAAACACAAGGAUGUUCGAGAGAAAUGAAAUCAAAUCGAAUAACUGAAAAGAAAAUUUAUUCAACAUCAUCAAGUCAAAAUACAGAUCGUCCAAGUCAACUAUCUCGAUUAGCAUCUAGAGGAAUAAAUAGUCAAUCUCAAAUGGUUACAUAUACAACAAUUGCACAAACACCUAGAAAACUACCACAUAGUAUUACACCAUCUGUUGGUCGAUCAACAUCAUUCAAUACUCCUAAAGAAUUACAAAUGAGUGAUGAAGAAUUAAAUCGUCUUUAUCAAUUAACACUUGAACAAAUGCAUCAAUUAUGUAUUCGUUAUCCAAAUAAAUCUGAUGAUGAAACACGACGAAUUUGUAAUGAAAUUACUGAAAAUUGGAAUAAAUAUCGAUCAUCAAUAGGAGAAUUUUGGUUAUCUAAAUUAGAUACUCGAAAAAGAGAAGCAAUUAUAAGAAUUGUUUGGAAUAAUGUUCAACAAAUAAUGAAACAAUUAUGGAAAAUAGAUCAAUAUGUUGAACAAUUAUCAUUAAGUAAACAUUUAGCUAAAUUAGAACAACGUUUAUUAGCAAAUAAUGGGCAAUAUUUGUGGGAUAUAUGUCAAAAUAGAUAUAAUUCAUGGGGAUCAUCAUUGAUAACAAGUACAAAUCGUGUAUCUCCGAUUGAAUUAGCUUGUUGUAAUCGUUUUAUUGAAUUAUGUAAACAAGCUUUAUUCAUUGUCUAUCGUUAUUCCAUUGAUGAAAAAACAAAAAAACAACAACAACAUCAAACAGAAGGAUCAACAAUAAUGGUUAUUUCAUAA